AUGCAAAAUGAUAAUCAAAACAAGUAUGAGUUUGUUAAGAAAGAAACUAAAGGUGUAGUAGAAAUUAAACAUUUGGCAACUAAUGAGGUGACGCAUAAAAAGUUUAGACAGAAAGUUCCGGGCGGUUAUUGUGCAAAAUUAAUCGAUCCAAUAACUGAGUUACUUCUAGCUGAAAUACAAGGGGAUAGUACAAAAGCGAAACAAAAAAAAAUUUUAUUAUAUCAGCCUGAUGAUAGUGUCGAAUUAAAAGAUUCAGGAAUAUUUAGUUUUGAACAAAAAUUUAGAUGGGAAAAUGAAAAAUUUGUCUGGAAAAAGAAAGCAUUUUCCAAAGAUUUAGAGUGUAAAAUUGUGCAGUCUGGCGAAGAACCAAAUAUAUGCAUCGCACUAUACCAACACAAAAACAAAAAAGGUGGAAUAGUGAAUAUUAUGAGUGAUAACAUGACUCGUCUUAAUAUCCAUGAUCGACGUGGACUUGAAUACGUUUUAUUAAUGUCUAUAUUAUCAUUUUUGGAUAAAUCAGAAGAUGAUACAGAUAAAGCUCAAAAAUUAAAGCAAGAAAAGAUGGAUGAAGAAUUAGCAAGGAAAUUAGCGGAAGAACAAAAAAAUCCAAUACGUCCAGCAGGCAAUCAUUACAGGCAAACACGAUCCAAUUCUUUCUCGUCUUCAUCACCCAGUCCAUAUACACCUCCGUCAUCAGGAUCGAACCGUACCACUUAUUAUGAUGAUAACACGUUUCAAUCCCGUAAGCAAAAGCUGGCAAAGCACAAGCCAAAGGAAUAUACAAAUGAAUAUGGAUGGUAG